AUAGUCUACCGGUACUGUAUGAAAACAUAUUUAAAUUUUAAUAACAGGUGGAAAUAUACUUUAAAAGUGAUGAAUUUCUGCUCCGGUACUAAUUUUCAAUAUUGCAAGUUAUUUAGUUAUCGUUCUUCUUGACGUUGGCAGCUUGGUGUUUUUAUUUUAAAGGAUAUCUGCAUAUGUUGCUGUGUGGACAAUAUUAAAGUUGCUUUUAUAUAUUAUACCAAGAACAAGCAAAUAUGAGGUCAAAUAUUCUUUGUAAAUUGGCUCAUAGAGCUGUCCGAAGUUCUUCCUUUGUUAAAAAUAACACCAGGUCUUCAUCAUCAUUCAAUCAAAAGCAAGACAUUCAUUUUGGAUUACUCUUCGACAUAGACGGAGUGGUUUUGCGCGGCAAAAAACCUAUUCCUGCAGCACAAGAUGCUUUUAAAAAGAUUGUCAAUAAUAAAGGAAAAUUUCGCGUCCCCGUAGUCUUUGUUACCAAUGCGGGUAAUGCACUAAGAAAAUGUAAGGCUGAACAGCUGAGUGAAGCACUUAAUGUAAAGGUUUUAGAAGAACAAGUGAUGCUCUCGCAUAGCCCUCUGCGAUUAUUCAGACAAUUCCAUAAUAAAAGACUUCUUUUAUCGGGACAAGGCCCUGUUGAAGAUAUUGCAAAGAAUCUAGGUUUUACUAAUACUGUCACGAUUGAUGAUGUGAGAGAUCAUUUCCCAAUGCUUGAUAUGGUUGAUCAUACAAGACGUCCAAAAACAUUCAAAUAUCCAUCUUUUGAUGAUUUUCCACCUAUAGAGGGUAUUGUUCUAUUCGGAGAGCCAAUCAGGUGGGAAACCAACCUGCAAAUCAUAACAGAUGUUCUUUUAACGGAUGGUACUCUACGAGGUCCAGUACCUUUGCCAGAUGUAAAUAAGCCCCAUUUACCAGUACUUGCUUGCAACAUGGAUUUACAAUGGAUGUCUGAAACACAUAUGCCAAGAUUUGGGCAUGGAAUGUUUUUACAAUGUUUGGAAAGUGUUUAUUUGAAGCUUACUGGCCAAUGUCUCACAUAUUCUGCACUUGUCGGAAAACCUAGUGAAAGCACUUAUUAUUACGCCGAACAACUUGCAUCAAAAGAAGCUGAAAAGUUAGGACUCGGCCUAUUGCAACGUUUAUAUGCAGUGGGUGAUAAUCCAAUGGCUGAUAUAUACGGCGCCAAUCUUUACAAUAAGAAAUUGAAAGAAAAUGAAGAAGAUUCUGCUGAACAGCAAGCUGCUGUAGCCUUAUUGCAUUCUCAACAACCAUGGCGACAAGCUCAUGCUGGUUUGAGGAGCCGAAGUAUAACAACAAGUGCGAGUGCCGGCAAGAAGACAGUCUCUAAUUUCCAAGCAUCCGUUGAAGAUUGUCAUUCAGUUUUGGUUUGCACUGGCGUGUAUUCUCAAGAAGGAAGCAGUUACGACGUUCCGCCUGUAUUUCAUGGGCCACGUGAUAUGGAUUUUGAUGCCAACUUGUGUCAGCCCACCUACAUUACUCAUGAUUUAAACACUGCCAUAGAUCUCAUAUUUGAUAAAGAAGGCUUUAAAUGAGACUCGGUGUACUACUGGUGUUACUGUUUGGACCUGUUCGCUGAAAUGGUAUCAGUUUUGACGAAUCUCAAUUUACGAUUUGGGCAUUGACACAUCGUUUUUAUGAACAUAUUUUUCCUCUAUUGCAGUAAUUCUAUUGACUUGGCGUAGUAUCUUGUCAAUUUCAAUUUUAUUAAAAUUACUUGUAAUUGCCAUCAAUUUUACUGAUGCUUUUACAUUAUGUAUUUUUGUCUUUAAAUGUUUAGUAUCUGUAAUUAAAUGUUAUUAAGUAGAAAUAAUUAUUUUUACGAGUUCUUAUUCUUUUAAUAAUAAUUUGUGUAACAUCAUGGCCCUGAUGGCAAUUUAUUUUUUGAAGAAGUUUUUUGAUUGUUAAAAUUUCAGCAUUUCUAGGUGAAUUUUUUCUUAUGUUCUUUUUGUUUUAGAAAACUAUAUAGGAUAUUAUUUAUUGUGGUAUUGAGUGACAAUAGCUUAUACACUAUUGUCUAUGAUUAUCAUAAGUAUUUGCACAUCUUAGCAAAUUUAUUUCAUUUGCUAAUAUAAAUAUUGUUGCAAAUGAAUAUGAUAUUUUGAAAUAGGCCAUAUUUCAAAAUUUGGUUAGUUAUUAUAUAAAUUCGUAUUUAUAAUAGUAUCGUGGCAUCUUUUUUAUAAAUCAAUCAAUUAAUUCUAUUCCGAACUUCCUACUAUAACACUUAAUAAAACACAAAGGUUACCCAAAGAUCAGGAAAGCUUGCAAAACCUUUAAAAUUUGAAACACGUACUGUUGCAGCGCAUGUGUCUAUCCACUAAUAUCACACAUACACACACAAAUGUCUUCAAUUAGGAAAAUUAUCCAGAGUAACAAAGAAAAUCAUGUUUGCGAUUUUAGUAAAACUGUAUUGCUUUUUUCAUUUGUUCAGUAGUUUUUCAUUUUCUAAUAUCCUGGAUAAGUUUGGGCGUAUUCAAGAGUUUGUGAAAUGUUUUAGAGUUUGGCAUACCCUGCAAAUAUCCCAUGAAAGAUCUAGCAAGCUUUUAUCUUUAAAGCACUUUCUGUCAUAAUCUGCCUUUUUAAGAAACCAUAUUAUUUGAAAAUCGCAUUAGACUAUUUUGAAGAAGUAAUAUUUGAAUUUACAGCAAAAUUUUCAGUUUCUCACGAAUGAGAAGAUAAUUGCAUUUUACCAGAUAAAAAUAUGUCGAAAUUUAAUUAGGUAUAUACCUUGUUGACAUUAUCAAUUGAAAUAUUUGACUUGGAAAUUUUUAAUAUCCAUUUAAAUUUUUUGCAUCUUCUACUUCAAUCUCUGUGCGAUCUCUUUUGUUGGUGGACUAUUCAAUUUAGUACAUAUUUAGAACUAUUAAUUUAGAAUGAUUUGAAGAAGCGUGAUAUUAGCUAUUGAUAGGGUUAUAGAUAAUCAAUCACACUAUCUAUAAUAUAUAUUGUUGUGGAUGGGCGAUAGAAAUUAUUAUAUGUCAUAUGUCUCCACUAUUCUGUAUUUUUCCGUGCUUUACUUUCAUGCUUGAAUGCAGAAGAAUGGCCACAGAAAUUAAUUAGCAAUUGGCGCUUGCUUUUAGUUUGCGGUUUGUCAGAAUUGUCUGUCUUUUUGGUAAGUUGAAGUAAUUCUUUAGCUGGUGAGUUGUUAGUCAUUUAUCAACGUAAGUGAUUUAUCGAUUCAACAAGUCUGAAUAAAAAUAUCUUCAAAAAGA